AAAAAGAAAAAAAUUCCAACCACAGAACAAGCACAUAAUUUGUAUUUAUUUGAGAAAUCCAACAAUUAGUUAGCCAUGCAAUCGCUACGGAUCAACAACAUUCGAACUUUACUCAAUUGAAAAAUGAACACAAAGCUGUUAAGAUAUCUCUAGAUGCGGUUUGCAUUCGAGCUGUAACAUGGACUUUUCGUUAAAUGUCACAUCGGAGCCGUCACUUGCGGAGAACUUUACGUGUCCCGAAGAGUUGCGUGUGGCAUAUCCGAGCGUUUUCGGCAUCGACUUGGCAAUCCCGGAAUGGGAGGCAAUAGCAACCGUUCUAAUACUCAGUUUUAUCAUUAUUUUCACGGUAACGGGCAACAUUCUCGUCAUCCUGAGUGUCUUCACGUACCGCCCGCUCAAGACAGUGCAGAAUUUCUUCAUUGUCUCGCUCGCGGUAGCCGAUAUUUUUGUUGCGUCCCUCGUGCUGCCCCUAAAUGUCGCGUAUCUCGUGAUCGGACGUUGGGAAUUUGGCAUUCACGUGUGCAAAUUUUGGCUCACAGCUGACGUAAUGUGUUGCACAGCGAGCAUUUUGAACUUGUGUGUCAUCGCACUCGAUCGUUUUUGGGCCAUCAGCAAGCCCCUAGACUAUAAGCGUACGUUAGAGUUAGUUUUAUCGAUGAUUGUGUCGGUGUGGGUGUUAUCGUUGCUCAUCAGUUCGCCCCCGUUGCUCGGAUGGAACGAUUGGCCCGAAGUAUUCACACCUGAAACCAAAUGCCAAUUGACAUCAAACCAAGGCUAUGUGAUAUAUUCGGCUCUUGGCAGCUUCUUCAUCCCUUUGGUCAUCAUGACGGUUGUUUAUGUCGAGAUUUUCAUUGCGACGCGGCGUCGAUUGCGGGAACGCGCCAAAGCUGCUUCCAAAAUCAACCAAAUUCGCAACAACAAGACGAAAGAUGAGGAGACGAAAAAUUCUCCAAAUCUCGAAACUUUAGGUGAUGCCGAUAGUGUCAGCAGCGAGGUUAAUUACAACGAAGCCAAUAAAGCGGGUGACAGUGUGCCCAUUUGUCGGAAGCAUCACGAUAAGAAAUCCAAAACCAAUGGGAACGACACGGAAAUUUUACAGGUAGUUGCGAACGAGGACGAAAGCAACACAUAUAAUCCGGAAAAUUCGUCGGAGAGCACGAAGCCGGAGCAGGAACAAAAAAUGCUGCACAAAGUAGAGCCAAAUCACAACAAUGCCACGCCCACGAAGAAGAACAAACGGAAAUCUGUGAAGAAAUCCGGAGGCAUUUCGCAGUUUAUCGAGGAACGACAGAAAAUUUCGUUGUCCAAAGAGCGACGAGCGGCACGCGUUCUUGGCAUCGUCAUGGGUGUCUUUAUCGCAUGUUGGCUUCCCUUCUUUCUGGUGUACGUUAUCGUUCCGUUUUGCGCCACAUGCUGCCCCUCGGAACGAUUUAUCAAUUUCAUCACAUGGCUCGGGUACAUGAACUCGGGUCUAAAUCCGAUCAUCUACACAGUAUUUAACAUGGACUUUAGAAAAGCGUUUAAGAAAUUGCUGAGACUAAAAACUAGAAAAUAGACUUUUUAAAAAAAUUGUCGCCGCGAAUGAUGUAAAAAGAUAAUUCG